AUGCCAGGAGUUACGGAUAAUCGCAAGUCCGUGCUGAUCACGGGAUGUUCCCCUGGCGGAAUCGGGAACUCCCUUGCGCGCGAAUUCCAUCAGAGUAAUCUGCGCGUGCUUGCCACUGCUCGGGAUGCCGCGAACAUUGCCGAUCUCGCCGAGCUCGGUAUCGAGACUCUGAGUCUAGUGGUUGAUGACCUCGAGAGUGUCAAAGCGUGUUUUGCUGAUGUCGAGACCAGACUUGGUGACAAAGGCCUUGACUAUCUGUGGCCGAAGUAUGUCAACAACGUGGAGGAUACUAAGUACUACACGGUGCCUGCCAUGGAGGUUGAGAUCUCUGAAGUGCGAAAGACCUUCGAAACGAAUUUGUUCGCCGUGAUUACCAUGUGCCAGACAUUCCUGCCGUUGCUCAUCAAAGCCAAGGGCACCAUUGUCCAGGUUGGAUCUGUGGCUGGGAUCAUUCCCUACGUGUUUGGAUCCGUUUACAACGCGUCCAAAGCUGCGCUACACUCAUUCAGUGAUACUCUCCGAGUCGAGCUGGCUCCUUUCGGGGUGCAUGUGACUACUAUUGUGACUGGAGGUGUCCAGUCUCGCAUUGCGCGCACCCAACGAACAUUGCUGCCAAACUCCAUGUAUACUCCUAUCGAGAGUGAGUACUCGCGCCGCGUCACACACAGCCAGCACAACGCGAUGCCCCAUGAUGCCUAUGCUCGCAGCGUGGUAGCUCAAGUCCUGUACGGUCCGGCGCCGUGGCGCUGGUUGUGGCCGUGGGCCAAGGGUCGCAAGGCAUGGAUCUGGGAAGGACACCGCAGCUGGCUGAUUUGGUUCCUGCUUGCCCGCGGUCGCCCCAUUGCCGCGGCCUUCAAGGCUGCGACGGGUCCCUCCGUCCAAUCCCGUCUGGCUAUGCAGCAGAAGCGUAACCUGUCCAUCCACGAGUACCUGUCCGCCCGUCUCCUCAAGACCUAUGGCAUCGGUGUUCCCAAUGGCGAGGUCGCCCGCUCUGGCGAGGAGGCCGAGGCUGUCGCCAAGUCCAUCGGUAACGACGAUAUGGUUAUCAAGGCCCAGGUCCUCGCCGGUGGCCGUGGUAAGGGUCACUUCGACAACGGUCUCAAGGGUGGUGUUCGCGUCAUUUACUCACCUACCGAGGCCAAGAUGUUCGCCAACCAGAUGAUUGGCCACAAGCUCAUCACCAAGCAGACUGGCGCCGCCGGCCGUGACUGCAACUCCGUCCUCAUUUGCGAGCGCAAGUUCGCUCGCCGCGAGUUCUACCUCGCUAUCUUGAUGGACCGCGCUCUCCAGACCCCCAUUAUCGUCUCUUCCUCCCAGGGUGGUAUGGACAUUGAGGCUGUCGCCAAGGAGAACCCCGAGGCUAUCACCACUACCCCCAUCGACAUCAACACCGGUGUCACCGAUGAGAUUGCCCGCACCAUCGCUAUCGACCUCGGCUUUUCCGAGCAGUGCAUUGAGGAGGCCAAAACCACCAUCCAGAACCUCUACAAGGUCUUCAUGGAGCGCGAUGCUACCCAGAUCGAGAUCAACCCCCUGUCUGAGACCUCUGACCACCAGGUUCUGGCUAUGGAUGCCAAGCUUGGCUUUGACGAGAACGCCGAGUUCCGCCAGAAGGAGGUCUUCUCGUGGCGCGAUCACUCCCAGGAGGAUGCUGAUGAGCUGGACGGUGACAUUGGCUGCCUGGUCAACGGCGCCGGUCUUGCCAUGGCCACUAUGGAUAUCAUUAAGCUGAAUGGCGGUAGCCCUGCCAACUUCCUCGACGUCGGCGGUGGUGCUACCCCCGCUGCCAUCAAGAGCGCUUUCGAGCUGAUCACCAGCGACCCCAAGGUGUCCGCCAUCUUCGUCAACAUUUUCGGUGGUAUUGUCCGCUGCGACGCCAUCGCCCAGGGUUUGAUCAACGUUGUGCAGGAGAUGGGUCUCCGUACUCCCAUCGUCGCCCGUCUCCAGGGUACCAACAUGGAGCAGGCUCACAAGCUGAUUAACGAGUCCGGCCUCAAGAUCUUCUCCAUGGAGGACCUCCAGAACGCCGCCGAGAAGUCGGUUCAGUUCUCCAAGGUCGUCAAGAUGGCCCGUGAGAUCGAUGUCGGCGUUGAGUUUACCCUGGACAUCUAA